AUGAGGCGUGGAUGUUUGCUUCUCCUCAUCUGUGGAUUUUUGUCACAGAGCCAAGAAGCCAAGAGAUGCUGGUGGGAGGCCUCGAUAAUUGGAACAUUUGGGAUGAAUUUGGAUCCAAAGGGCUGGGACGGCCUCUCGGCUUUGAUAGAGUUCCUGGAGCAGGACAUGUGCCAAGGCUCUGUAGCCCUGCGGUUAAACACCCUGGCCCUGCAAUUCUGCAGCAGCCAGCUGAAGUCUGGAGCCAAUUACAACCGGAGUGAGUUUGGAAGAGCUCAGCUGAAUUCUGUCUCUCUUCCACCCCCCACCCGGUUCACUCUGCUUUUGAACAUCUGGGCCUUCUUGGAGGAAAAGAAUCAUCCACCCAUCACUGUGGCUGACUAUUGCCUGCCAAGAGGCCUCAAUGCAUGGAGAGCAGAAAUGGGUGGAUUCAACAGAGGGACAAUAGUCAAGCAAAGAUUUCUGGACUAA